AUGCGUCUUUCUGCAGUAGUUGGGCUGCUGUCCACCCUUUCAGUUGUCUUGGCUUCUGAUCAUAGACCAGGUCAUCGAUAUCAUAAUGCACACAAGCGGUCUUCGGAUAACGAGAAUUCGACCACCAAGUAUGAUUAUGUCGUUGUUGGCUCUGGUGCUGGAGGUGGCCCUGUAGCCGCACGAUUGGCCAUUGCAGGAUACAAGGUGCUUCUUCUAGAAGCAGGAGAUGACCAGGGAAAUGCAACCCAGCAAAUCGUCCCCGCUUUGCAGCUCCAGUCCACGGAAUACGAGCCGAUGAGGUGGGAUUAUUUCGUGAACCACUACUCGAACUUGACUCGUCAGAAAGAAGACACCAAGAUGACUUACCGGACACCUGCCGGUGACCUCCAUGUUGGAAACAAUGUGCCCAAUGGCUCCGAACCCUUGGGGAUUUUAUAUCCUCGAGCAGGUACUUUGGGUGGAUGCUCUGCUCACAAUGCCAUGAUCACCAUCUACCCGUACGAGAAUGACUGGGAGCAACUGGCCAGUCUCACUGGCAACGACUCAUGGUCCGCCUCCAACAUGAGACAAUACUUCACGAGACUAGAGCGCAACCGAUAUCUGCCAAGCAGCUUGCUGGGCCACGGAUUUGACGGAUGGCUUACAACAAGCCUUACAGACUUGCGUCUCGUCAUUGAAGACCAAAAGCUUCUAUCCUUGAUCCUGGCCGGGGCGACCGCCGCGGGUCAAACACUGUUAGGCAAAAUAAUCACCACGGUCACGGGCCUUGCCGGAGUUCUACUGCGUGACCUAAACAACCCCCUCCCCUCGCGCGACUACGAUGAGGGUCCAUACCAAGUGCCUCUCGCUGUGGAUGUCCCCGAGUACAAACGGACAGGCCCUCGAGAAUUCCUCAUGAAGACAGUCAACGCUGUGAACUCGGAUGGUUCACGAAAAUAUUACCUUGAUAUCCAGCUGAACACCCUGGUAACCAAGCUCCUGUUCGAUACCACCGGAGCUAAGCCACGGGCUACCGGUGUUGACUAUCUUCGGGGACAGAGCCUGUACCGCGCAGACCCCCGAGCUUCCCAGACAUCGUCUAACGGGACACCAGGUAGCCUGUUGAAGCUGAGUGGUAUUGGUCCGAAGGAGGAGUUAUCCAAACUUGGAAUUUCAACCCUGGUGGAUCUCCCCGGCGUCGGUCGUAAUCUUCAGGACCGGUACGAGAUGGGCACAGUGGGCAAGUCGCCCACUGAUUUCGUCCUUACAUCCAAGUGUACUUUUUUGUAUUCUCUUCCCGACCCCUGUCUAGAACAAUACGAAAACGAUCCCUUGUUCAAAGGCACCUAUACCACCAAUGGGAUCGCCAUCGCCAUCAUUCGCAAGUCGUCUGUCGCAGAGGAUGAGCCCGACCUAUUGAUUUCAGGAGCACCCGUCAACUUCCCGGGCUACUACCCCAACUACUCCUACGAAGGUCUCAAAGACGCCCAGCACUGGACCUGGAUCACGUUAAAGUCUCGCUCCCGCAAUAACGCUGGCACGGUUGAGCUGCGAUCUACUGACCCGCGUGAUAUGCCCCUUAUCAACUUCCACUCGUUCGAUACCGGAGUUACCACGGAUGGUGCGGAUGACAAGGAUCUUCAGGCUGUGUAUGAAGCAAUGCAGUUCUCUCGCACGAUCUUUGAUGAUCUUAUUCCUCUCGACGGCGGGUUUGAAGAGGUCUGGCCAGGACCCAAUGUCACUACCGAGAAUGAGAUGAAAGACUUCAUUAAGCAAGAGGCAUGGGGUCACCAUGCCUGCUGUACUGCUGCUAUUGGAGAAGAUGGGGAUCCUCAGGCUGUGCUGGAUGCUGACUUCCGCGUUCGUGGAGUUGAUGGGCUGCGUGUUGUGGAUGCUUCGGUCUUUCCUAAGAUUCCGGGGUACUAUAUCGCCCUGCCCAUUUAUAUGAUCAGUGAGAAGGCUGCUGAGGUUAUCAUUGCUGAUGCUGUAUAA